GACAGCGAGAGGUCGCUACCCGCUCAUUUCUGGAGCUUUCCGAGCCAGCGCCGGCACACGCGAGUAAAGGUACAACACGAGUGAGGGGCAGAGAGGAUUCACGAGGAUUCGCACGAGUCAUCGUAUAUCAAACCUGUCUUUCGAUAGGAGGAGACGAAAUAACGGUGGAACGUUGCAUUCCCGACGUGCACGAUGGGCGAUCAGGUGAUUUCCUUGAAAGAGAAGGGAAAUGCUGCUUUACAAGAAGGCAAAUUUGACGAAGCUAUCAAACACUACUCUGAUGGAAUCGUCCUGGAUGGCAAUAAUCAUGUUCUCUACAGCAAUCGUUCAGCGGCAUACGCCAAGUCUGGAAAGUAUCAGCAGGCAUUGGAAGAUGCGGAGAAAACUGUCAGUUUGAAGCCAAAUUGGGCAAAGGGUUAUUCCCGCAAAGGUAGUGUUCUUGCGUAUCUCGGCAGAUACGAUGAAUCCAUCAAAGCUUACGAGAAAGGUCUACAGUUGGAGCCUGAAAAUGAACAGCUUAAAAGCGGCCUCGCCGAAGUGAGAGCUCAGAAAACAACCACCGCAUCUAAUCCCUUCAACUCGCCCGAUAUUUUUGUGAAACUAGCGAGCGAUCCUAGAACGAAAAAGUUUCUGUAUGAUCCAGAGUAUCUAAAGAUAUUGCAAGAAUUACAAAGCAAUCCACAGAGUCUGGGUACUAAGCUCCAAGACAGCAGAGUGCUUACCACUCUUAGUGUACUUUUAGGUAUGAACACUGAUAUGGAGGAACCAAUGGAAACCGAGCCGAUGAAUCCACCGGAACCACCAAAACCCAAACCAGAACCCAAGCCGGAGAAGAAGGAAGAAAACAAUCUUCCACCUGAGAAGAAAGAAGCUUUAGAGGAAAAGAAACUAGGUAACGAGGCUUACAAAAAGAAAAGCUUCGAGGAGGCUCUACAACAUUAUAACAAAGCUGUAGAGUUAGAUUCGACAGAGAUUAUUUAUCUGCUGAAUAUAGCAGCAGUAUACUUUGAACAGAAAGAGUAUCAGAAGUGUAUUGCACAAUGUGAAAAGGCUAUCGAAGUCGGUAGGGAAAACAGAGCGGAUUUCAAGCUAAUAGCUAAAGCGUUCACGAGAAUCGGACACGCUUACAAAAAAAUGGAAAAUUGGAAGCAGGCUAAAGUAUAUUAUGAAAAAUCCAUGUCCGAACACAGAACUCCGGAAAUUAAGACUUUAUUAUCAGAUAUAGAUAAAAUAAUUAAGGAGGAAGAACGAAAGGCUUAUAUCGACCCGGUGAAAGCAGAAGAGGAGAAGGAACUCGGUAAUCAAAAGUACAAAGACGGCGACUAUCCCGCAGCUAUAAAGCAUUAUUCCGAGGCGAUCCUAAGGAACCCGGACGAUCCCAAAUAUUAUAGUAACAGAGCGGCUUGUUAUACCAAAUUGGCGGCGUUCGAUCUCGGCUUGAAGGAUUGCGAGAAGGUCGUUGAGCUAGAUCCAAAGUUCAUUAAGGGUUGGAUCAGAAAAGGAAAGAUUCUGCAGGCCAUGCAACAGCAGGGGAAAGCUUUAACGGCAUAUCAGAAGGCUCUGGAAUUGGAUCCACAAAACAGCGAAGCGUUAGAAGGCUAUCGCUCCUGUGCCGUUUCCGCUAGCUCUAAUCCAGAAGAAGUCAGAAAGAGAGCGAUGGCGGAUCCAGAAGUCCAAAGUAUAUUGCGAGAUCCGGCCAUGAGGUUGAUUUUAGAACAAAUGCAAAGCGAUCCAAGAGCUUUACAAGAUCACUUGAAGAAUCCUGAUAUAGCUGCAAAAUUACAAAAACUUUUGGAAUCUGGUCUCAUAGCUAUUCAUUGAAGAUGUAAGGAACUGGACAUAUACAUAGUUAUAAUAAAAAAAAUAAAUAAAUAAAAAGUAGCACUUUACUAUCAUGUUCCUUUAAUAUUAAGAAAAUUCGCAUUCGUGUAUUGCAGAUACAUUAGCUGUUGGGAUACUUAUCAUCUUGCUCUUAAAAUCUGUGUUCAAAACGCCAUUCAUAAUAAAAGUUACAUUGUACAAUGGUUCUUUCGUGCAAAUACAGUGGCCUUUAGUGUCAUCAAUGACUUUUGCAUUGCGAGACUUAUUACAGUGAUCAUAUGUAUAAUAACAUAUAUGAAGCUCUUUGUGCAAACAAAAAAAAAGUGUAAUUGUGGAGCUGUGCGAAUUCUUAAUAUGUAAUAUUUACUUAUACAAAACUUGCAUAAUCCAAUGGCUAAGCCAUGAAUAUCAAUACUGCAAUAUAUUAUAUUUUAGGUAUAAAAGUUAUCUAAAAUUCAUAAAAAACAUUAAUCCUUGAAAAUAGUAAAAUGGAAUUAUUUCUGUAUAUGAUGCACUUGCUAACAUUUAUUUUAUCAAGGUUAUUUAGAUUUU